AUGCGCACUGUUUCAUCAAUAGUUUUGAGUAGCUUGGGGGGUUUAUUGAAGGCUUAUUUGUGCAGCAUACGCCACAAAUAUAGAGCUAUCAUGCUUCGCAAUAGGUUUCUGAAUAUAAGUUCAAAAUAUCUAGUUUUAUUCAAACAUAUUUGCUUAAAAAUUACGUGAACUUUUAAGGUCAGGCAUAUCAUUUCAACUUACCAACCUUCCAUCCUGAUCAUGAGUAGCUCCCUGCGUGUACACACUUGAUCUGCAAUAUACGUCCUGAAUAAACGUGCUCUGUGCUACACGUCUGUUUCCUUGAUAGCUGGGCUAUGGCUUAGCUGGUUCUGGGAGUCUAGCUAGAUGUAGGAAGAUCUGCCAUAGAGAUUUCUGAGUCAGUCAAGCUUUAAUAAAGUAGCAAUCCUCCACAGGUGUGUCCGCAAGCCCGCGCUUUUUAGAUAAAAAUCAAUACGAUUUAUAGUCGAUAAUUUGGUGCAGUUACAGUCUCUUUUUUUUCUAUUACAUUCGUCUCAUCCGCUUAAUUGUGGACAAAUGACUACCUUGAAUGACUACAUUUUGCUUUGAUUCAUACCAAAAACACAAAAUGAUUUACAGUAAGUCAACAAUUGAAAAAUAAGUAAAAGUGUAAAAAUAAUGCAAGAUGUUACAUUUUAGAGUUGAACUUUUCACGCUUAGUCAAUUUAAUCAGGAUGCCUUAUUAGUGAUAUGGUCAGGAGGUAGUCUGUUUGGCAUUCAUAAAUGAAAUGACUAAUGAACUUCCAAGAUAUCAGUCUUGGAUCUUCACGGAAUUCGUGAAUUAAAGUAUGUGCGGGCCGACCACUCGAUUGGAGCUCAUAUUUUACAAAGGUAAUAGGAGAAAUUAUACUAAAUUCGAUAUUUACUGGCUGGUCCUGGUGUAUCAGUUCAUUAUUUUUCAAUUUUGUUGAAAAAGCUGAUGAUCUUAUGGGAUAUUCCGCGGCUUGCAGCUUCAGCUUAGCCGAAAUAAGCUAAAAUUUUAAGUUAACAGGACUUCACGGCAGUUUUGUAGCGGAUUAGCUACCUCAAUAACCUUGACUACUCUCAGAAAGCUCUAUAGCAGUUUCUUCCAACUCGAAAGUCCCCGGGAAUUAGCUAAGCUAAGACAAAGUUAUGAAGGAAACUGACGUGUUGCACGGAAUACGUUUAUUCAGUACGUAUAUUGAUAGCGAAGUGUGUUUUUGGCAUAGCGAUUAGUUAUCAGAUAAAUCUAGCAUAAUUCGCGUGAACAUUAAUAGUUAAAUAUCUCUGAGUAGUGUUCUGUAGCAGGAUUUCUGUUGGUGUGAUGAAGUUUCCCACAGUUUUCAUGCAAGGAGACUCACGUAAAUAAAUAUAACGUACAAUCGUGUUAAAACUAGUAUUUGUUGUAGUGAAAGACUCUUAUCAGAUUUUGACUAUGCUUUAGAAAGUCUCAUGAGUAAACUGUCACACAAAUGAAUCGAGGUGACAUGAACAAGAAAUUAAUAAAGCCGGAUUGAUUAAACACCUCUGAAAAUUGAGCUUCCCAAUUCAACCAGGAGUUCGAUGACUAUAAAGUGACAGUUGAAAAUCGAUUAUUGCGGAGGGAAUAAUGGCUUCCAUGGGAAACUGAAUAACUCCAUAUUUUCUGAAUCUCUCGUCUCAUUUCAAAAUUUAUUUACUUAAUUGGACCAUCGCAUCAUUCCAGGUGUUCAGUUGCAGUCAGAUUAUUCAAAGUUGCACAACUUUUUGAUCGAUAUGUCUCGAAAAAGAAUUGCACAACUAACUUUAAGUCUGUUUUGGAUUUUAGAUACAUUACGGAAGACAUCUUCAAUUUGUCAGCUGCGUGAGGUUCUUGCCCAAUCGUUUACUUUUAACAACUCUCUUUGCGAAUUAAUCUAUUUAAUCUGGGGUGUGUGAUGGACUUACCUCCACGUGGUGUACCCUGGGCAACGUAUACUCAUGCGACAAAAAAGUCUAUUACCUGGCAGUUGACUUCAAACUACCAUGACUCCAUUGUAUGUCAUAUUCGACUACUUUCACAUUAAUCAUCCCACCUAUUUUUCACCUUAUUUACCUUCGUCUUUGAUACACUCUUCUGUCCCCCCCCCCCUCUUGAAUUUUAUACACUUUGAUGUUCCUUCCCUCUGUGAAGACUGAAGUCAACUAAAGGGCUAAUGAUAACAAUCAAAACGCCUGCCAUUUGAUAUAAUAAUAAUAAUGUAUUCAAUCUCGAUCACUUCUCCUUUGUCUGAGUUGUGACAUUGAAGGAAAUCAUUCGUCUGACCUUCAAAAUUUCCGAAUCAUAAAAUGCUUACACUUCCGUGAUUCCCUCUUUUUCUAAUUACUGAUUAUACAUAACCAACUAUUUACUCAGAUGAACAUCACUCGGGUUAGUGAUUUUUGUAGCCGUUUUAUAUUUACGCAUAUAUGCAUAGAGCUCUACUGUUGUAAGACCAUUAAUAAUGAUCAAACUCAAACCAAAAAGGAGAGAGAAAUGAACACAAGGCGUGAAAGGAGAAGUAAAUUUUGGUUAGGCUUGGAGAUGGAGUUCUGGCUAUAAGAGAUCCUGAAGGAGGCGAAGAGAAGGGAGGAGACCGGGGUGUGGGGGAGGGGAGAGGGAGAGGAACUAGUGUUUGAGAGGACAGAAAGCGCACUAGAAAACAAUGUAAGCGGAGAGGCACAUAGUUAAGUUAGGCACCCGAAAAGUGCAUUUUAUAAGGGUAGUAGACAACUGGCAAUCGAAAGUAGAACUUGCACUCGAAUGUCGAUCUCGAAAUGUUGCUACUCGAAACUAAAUAUUGUUGCUGUAUAGGCAGGCAGGUGAGAUUAAGCUGGGUGGAUCGGAAGGUUGGGUUUCAAUCUAGAAAAUGAAGAGAAAACAAGUUACACGAUUCGCCCAAAUCCGACGCCAAUUUCUUUUGUCACAACGCAAAAGACAACGUUAAUGUUGCGCAUAAGCUUGCAGGAGAGAAAUCACCAAAGAAAUUAAAAGUAAUUUCCGAUUAGGUACAUAAAUUAAUGAUUUUAGAUUUAUAUUAGCUUCAAUUAAUUGGUAACUUAUUUAAUAAGAGUAAAAUACACAAAUUAAUUAAUUAAUUAACGCAGUCUUCAUUCUGAUAUUUGAAAUUAGAUCAUCAUUAUUAAAAUAAAUAUACUACCAAGGUUAGAAUGACAAAUUCAAAGAUCGAGCCAAAAAAUUCAAUUCUCGUUUAAUCUAUUGAUUAUUUGAGACGGCACAAAAGACAUGCACGAAAUUGCAUGCUAGAUAGAUAGAUAGACAGACAGACAGACAGACGGACAUACAGACAUAAAGUUGAACAAGUAGGGCGUACCUGAGAGUAGAAUGUGCACAUGCAGCUUGAGGGACAAAAAAGGAGGUUCAAUUUAUGGACCUCCAUUUUGGCUAGCGCAGGGUGGUGUUGUAAGACGGAGGUGGUCUGUUCGCACCGGACACAGCGCAUGCGAGUCACAUGCCGGACCUAAAAGGGGUGGGGGGGGGGGGNGGGGGGGAUGGUAGGGAAGGAUUUGGGAGAGGUCUAUUGCAGGGGAGAUCUAUUAUGACUAGUUUGAUUUUAGGGAAAGUCUACUUCAACCUUAAUUUUUCAGCACAGAUAAGCCUGCUAUAAUUCUUGAUUGAGAUCGAUAGAGAAAGCGAGUGAGAACGAGAGUGAGUGAGUCGAAUUCAGUCCGUUCGAAAUGAAAAAAAUCUAUACGGCUCUGGGAAAAUUGUUCAGUUCCCGCGAGCUUCUUCCUGAUUUCAAUAGGGGAAUGUCCUGAGGUUGAAUGUCGUCACUAAUACACGGAAGAGGAAUGACUUCGUCGUUUUGAGUGUAUGAUUAUAUAAAAGUGAGAUUCUUUGUUUGGGACAAAAUGCAAAAAUAUCGAAAGCGGAAAAGCAAAAAAAAACAGUAUGGAAUUGCAUUUCAUGUGACACAUCUUUAGCUGGGUAGUUAUUUACGAAAGGAAUGAUUGAUUUGAAGAAAUGAUGUCACUUCUCCACUUGGAUUUCUGGAGAACGAGACAUGCACAGCUAACAAAACCCUCUUCAUUUUUUGGCGAUUAUUAUCGAAAGAUCACUUUGCAAAGGGAUAACGACUUAAUGCGAAAAUGAAUUAUCUACU